AUCGCGAUCCCCGCCUCUCACCAAACACAGAGAUUUCCCUUAGAAGGAAACUUUGGCUGGAUGUAGCACAUGCAGCAGCAGCAGCACUGUCAAACAAUGGCUGUUAUCACAGUUCGAGGUAAAAUUACUCUAGAGGACAGAAAGGCACCGCUUUGAACAAGCGGCAGAGCGAAAAAAGGGGAAGGUAUGUGCGCACUUGCGCAGCGGAUUCUGUGGAACAUGAGGAAAUAAGCGCCUGCCUGCCUGUCUGUCCGUCGGUGCGUAACUAACUAAAUAACCGCCACAGCUGUGAAGUGAUUCUGUGGUUUAACUAUAAAAUUGCCACCCGAACAUUAGCUGCGAGUCGGGGCGGUCAAAUCCCCUUGAUUAUAGGACUGUACCUAACCGAUGAAACCCUCUGCAAGGUGAUUGUAGUGCCGAGUGAAAUUGAGGACUACGCGUGAUUGAGCUGAGAGAACCUCCUUCCCACAGAGAGAGCCUCCUCCCAGGGAGCAGCAUCAGGGAGGAGGCGGCGGCAGACUUCCAUACACGGUGCUGAAGGUGGAGGUUGGACCCGAGAGCUGGUGUGGUUUGGUGGCGUGCCUCUGAUUCACUAAUGAAGGGCAUGGAGGUGUUGCGCCGCUCAUCUGUGUUCGCGGCAGAAGUGAUGGAGGUCUUCGAUCGCUCCCCCACGGACAAGGAGAUGGUGUCCCAGGCUAAGACGCUGUGUAGAGACUACAUCCACUCCAGACUGAACCGAGCGGGCAUCGGUUGGUCUAAGCCCGAGCAUGGAGUUUCAGCGCCUGGCUCUGCGCUUGGAGAGGUGUCCGCGGUCCUUCUGUGGUUAGGUGAUGAGCUGGAGUACCUGCGUCCUAAUGUCUACCGCAAUGUGGCUCGACAGCUCAACAUCCCGGUGGCAUCUGAGAGUGUCGUAUCAGACGCCUUCUUAGCCGUAGCUGCAGAAAUCUUCUCCACUGGGGUGACGUGGGGUAAGGUGGUGUCUCUGUAUGCGGUGGCGGGGGCAUUGGCGGUGGACUGUGUGCGGCAUGGCCACCCCGCUAUAGUGCACACCAUAGUGGACUGCAUGGGAGAGUUUGUACGCAAGAGCCUGGUGUCCUGGCUGAAGAGGAGAGGAGGAUGGGCGGACAUCACUAAGUGUGUGGUCAACACUGACCCCAGCUUCCACUCCCAUUGGCUGGUGUCCACGGCCUGCUCCUGGGGGCACUACCUGAAGACCGUCUUCUUCUACCUGCUACGGGAGAAGUGAGCAGAGAAAUGGACGGACGGAGAGAGAGAGAAAAAAGAGAGGGAGAGAGAGAGAGAGAGAGAAAGACAGAUCGAUUCGGGACAGAGACAGAGAUGGAGAUUGAGAGAGUGAAAGAGAGAGAGAGGCUGUUCAGAUGAAGGUGAUGCGUGACCAGGGCCUUCUUCUCGUCCCCUCACUGGUGAAGAGGCACCUCUCUCCUCGCCCCCUAGUGGCCACUCUCUGCAACUACCAUUGUUUACACCUGCAGAUUGUUUGCACUGUGCCUUUGACUAGUAUUAUAUUAUAUUAUUAUAUUAUAUACAUGGUGUCCACCACUUCAGCACGCAACCUGAAACCGCCCACACAAACGUUGAUCCGCUCAAGGACAGAGGCUGCCUACUUAUUGCUUUACCCACAGAAGCAGCUCGCUCGCUACUAAUCUACACAGGGAUGCCCCAACACACCUGCACACCCAUUCAUCCUUACAUCUGUGCACCCAUUCACUCAUCAACGGACCCAGCUAUCCUCCCAUCCUCUCAUCCAUGCACCUAUACGUGCACCCCUCCACAUAGCAUCUCUUUUUCCCUUUAUCCAUCAGACCACCCAUCCAUCCAUCCAUCCAUCCAUCCAUCCACCGUUUACAACCCAUCCAGUGAUGUAUACACUCUCCCUCUGCCGCAGUGUUGCUUUUCUUUUCAUAUGGUCCUGGCCGGUUGGGUAGCCUCCACGAGACCAAAAGAGACAAUCAUGGACUUUGUGGUGUGUGUGUUUGUAGACUAUUUCAUGCAGAACGUAGCCUUGCACAGAAAAGUACGUAGUACUACUGUACCUGCUGCUUUAGGGUUGCAAGGCCAGAGAUGUUUAGAGUAGUUCUUUUUGAGGUUCAAAGUGUUCCUUUGAUGUGUUCUUUAGGCUGCAAUGUACCUUUUAAAGUGUUCUUCAUGUUGCAAAAAUGUUUGAAAAUCCUUUGUGUGGGUUAAGGUCCCUUAGUGUUUUGGGGCAGUGAGACUCGUUUCAAAGUGUUUUUGGGGUGUUUUUGGGAUGUUUUUGGUGUGUAGGGAGCCUCUAUGGGCCUAGAGGUUGACCUACAGGCAUGCUCGGCAACACACACACACACACACACACACACACACACACACACACACACACACACACACACACACACACACACACACACACACACACACACACACACACGAGCAGCAACCCCUGAAUGUCUUGAUUAGAUACAGAGCAGCAACUGCAAAGACGACUAGCUAGAUAUUUAUAUUCGCAAAACUGCAGUGGCAAGAUUAAAUCUGGAUUUUUGUUAUCACCAAGAAUUCUUGUGUGUGUAGUGAGUAUGUGUGUGUGAGAGAGAGAGAGAGAAAAAAAGAGAGCGUGUGCGUGCGUGUGCGUGGAAGAGAGAGCAUGCAGUGCAGUGCAGUGGAGGGAGGGAGGGUCUGCAUACUGAGACUGUUUUAAACAGAGCUGCAUUGUGAGCUGAGUGUGUGUGUGUGUGCAUACUUGUGUGUUGUCCUAAAACCCUCUCUGGACACAGUGUGAGCUGUUUGAUGGGGGGGAUUCUGACACCACUGUAGCCCAGACUAUGUGUCGUACUGGCUAUAAGGUCUUGUGUCUUACCUGAGUUGAGGGCACGUCACACUAAAGACCAGCACCUACUAUGUGAGUGUACACCUGACUGGGCUAGCACCUUAUUAAGGACUCACACAGAUACCUGGCUGGACUAGCACCUGUGUCAGUGGAUAUCUUGCUGGACUAACACCUGUGUCAGAAGAUACAUGGCUGGACUAGCACCUGUGUCACCCUGCAUCUGACUUGUGUUCUGGAACAUCACCUCACCUGUGUCAGUGUGCUCCUGUGCCCUGGUGGACCAUCACCUGUUUGGGGGAAGCACACCCAGCAACUCUGCACUGGUCAAACUUGCGUUUCAUGGACAAUGUCUGUGGCUUGUUUUUAGUUAUGUUUUUAGCACUUCAAUUUAAUGUUUUAUUCUGUGAAUAAUGAUGCCUCUCUACCAUUGUAUGUUUGUGCCUCUAUGUAUGUACAGUAUGUACGGUAUGUAUGUAUGAGAGAAUAAAUCUUUUAAAGCC